AGCUUCAGGAACAAAAACAGUGCCAGAAACUCUGCAGCCCAAGAACGUUAUCACAGAUCAACUUUCAUUUGGCGUUCCUUUGAGUUAUAAGAACGAUGGCGGAAAACAGAGAAAAGGCUACGGAUCAAAUGAAAAUAUGGAAAGAAAGCAAAGGAUCUCAGAAACCCGAUGUGUUGACCACAGGAGCAGGUAUUCCCGUUGGCGAUAAGCUAAAUGUUCAGACGGCUGGACCCAGAGGGCCACUGCUGGUGCAAGAUGUUGUUUUUACUGACGAGAUGGCCCACUUUGACCGUGAGCGCAUUCCUGAACGGGUGGUGCAUGCUAAAGGAGCAGGUGCAUUUGGCUAUUUUGAGGUGACUCAUGACAUUACACGCUACAGCAAAGCCAAGGUGUUUGAAUAUGUGGGCAAGACGACUCCGGUCGCUGUGAGGUUCUCUACUGUUGCUGGUGAAUCUGGUUCAGCUGAUACAGUCCGGGACCCUAGAGGUUUUGCAGUGAAGUUCUACACCGAUGAGGGCAACUGGGACUUGACAGGCAAUAACACACCCAUCUUCUUUAUCAGGGAUGCUCUUCUGUUUCCGUCCUUCAUCCACUCUCAGAAGCGGAAUCCUCAGACUCACUUAAAGGACCCUGACAUGGUUUGGGACUUUUGGAGCCUGCGUCCAGAGUCACUGCAUCAGGUGUCGUUCCUCUUCAGUGAUCGUGGAUUGCCUGACGGAUAUCGCCACAUGAAUGGCUACGGAUCCCACACCUUCAAGCUGAUAAACUCUGAAGGCAACCCUGUCUACUGCAAAUUCCACUACAAGACUGAUCAGGGCAUUAAGAAUCUGACCGUAGAGGAGGCAGACCGUUUAGCCGCUACUGAUCCCGACUACGCCAUCCGUGACCUGUACAACUCCAUCGCCAAUGGCAACUUCCCCUCCUGGACCUUUUACAUCCAGGUCAUGACCUUUGAGCAGGCAGAGAAAUACCCAUGGAACCCAUUUGAUCUGACCAAGGUUUGGUCCCAUAACGACUACCCCCUGAUUCCAGUCGGACGCUUCGUGUUGAAUAAAAACCCUGUUAACUAUUUUGCUGAGGUGGAGCAACUUGCUUUUGACCCCAGUAACAUGCCUCCAGGUAUUGAGCCAAGUCCGGACAAGAUGCUACAGGGUCGUCUCUUCUCUUACCCUGACACCCACCGCCAUCGCCUUGGAGCCAAUUACCUUCAGCUGCCUGUUAACUGCCCUUAUCGUGCCCGCGUGGCCAACUACCAGAGAGAUGGACCCAUGUGCAUGACUGACAACCAGGGGGGAGCCCCGAACUACUACCCCAACAGCUUCAGUGCCCCAGAUUGUCAGCCACGCUUUAUGGAGUCCAAAUUUAGAACCUCUCCUGAUGUCGGACGCUACAACAGCUCGGAUGAGGAUAACGUGACGCAGGUUUGCACUUUCUUCACCAAGGUCCUGAACGAGGCAGAACGUGAGCGUUUGUGCCAAAACAUGGCAGGACAUCUGAAAGGAGCUCAGCUCUUUAUUCAGAAACGCAUGGUCCAGAAUCUGAUGGCGGUGCACCAGGAUUACGGCUCUCGUGUUCAAGCGCUGCUCGACAAGUACAAUGCAGAGGGCAAAAAGAACUCCGUCCAUGUGUAUACACAGGGAGGUUCAUCUGCGGUCACUUCAAAGAUAUGACGUGUGGAAAUUCUCUCUUGUUGCAUUUAAAAUCGCGCUACACACCUAACCAGAGCACUUGAUCUUUCUUAUAUCAUUUAAGCUUCAAGAUUAAGUAUUACUAGUGUAACUGGAUAACAUGUGUUAUGAGCUCUUUUUUGAGAAGAUUAAAAAAACACCUACCAUGCAAUAAUCAUAGUUCAGCAGUCCGUUGUCUUUUGAUACAAGUAUUUUGGUACACAAGAAAAAAUCAUCUCAGAGACGUGAGACAACUCAUGAACAUUUUUUCAGUGUCCAGCUUUAGUAUCUUAUUUUAGCUCAAGUCGCAUUUCUCAAGUGGUGUUUCUGUUAUAUACAAAUAAUUAAAAAAAAAAUUUUUCUCUCUCCUGGGUCUUUCUGCAAGUGCAGAUUCAGAGAGAAAAAAAAAAAAAAUACAAUCAGAAAACCUAAUAAGAGAACCAAUUCCUCAGUUUAUUUCCAGGUUAUCAGGAUAAACCUUUUUUUUAAUCAAUGUUUCUAGUCAAAAUGAUUGUUCUUGUGUUAUUUCUAGUAUGUUCUGGUAAACGAUCCUCAGUUCCAGCAACAAAAUUCAUUAAUUACCUGUGUACUUUGUGAUCACUGCACAAAAAUUCAGGGUUUAUUAUUUUGAAAGAUUUUGUUCUACUUACACUAUGUUCCGUUAAAUACAUCUACACUGCUUGUGAGGUUGAUGUGGCUAAUCCUUUGGUCCGGUGGUUUCAUUGUUUAUCUGCUUGCUGUUGCGGCACGGCCCAGUUAUCGUUUAGUGUUUAAGUUAAAACACUUUUAUCUAAACACCGUGUGAAUAAGCAUUCUGUAAUGACAAGCUUGAUUUUUUUUUUUUUUGAAGUCCGCAGUAACUAGACACACUCUAGAAGUGUAUCUGCUGUAAUAUUACCAUGUUAUAUCACUGAAAUUGUGUAACAAUAAUGUAUAACAGACACUAAGGGUGUAUCUAUCUGAUGCUGACAUUAACUAGAUAUUUUACUAGCUAAGACAUUGUUUCUUUUUUUUUAACCACUUGGAUUUAUUGAUAAAGAAACUAGAGUUUCAGAGUUUAAAAACAGAAUUAAGAUCAGAACACAGUGUGAUUGUGCUUUACAAAAAAUGUGUAAGAAAAACCCUGAACCAUUUUGAUUGCCCUGUAUUCUAUUAUCUCAGAGUCUUUCUCUUGCUGAUGCCUGUAGAAGUUAUGCUGUGUGUCUUCUGUAACGGAAUAAAUCAAUAAAUCCUAAUUUGUAAUGCAUUAAA